AUGGCAAAGGAUGAGAACCUUCCCUCCAGCCUCCUGAUCCUGUGGCUCCUCUUCUUCCUCCUCCACGUCGGGGCGCACCCGGCUGACCAGCAAGGCGCCGCCGCCGCCACCGCCACCGCCGUCGCCGCCAUCUCCGCCCGGAAGCUCCCCUCGGCACCGCCAGUCUCUCAUCAGUCCAUGAAGUUGCACCCGCGGAAUCCCCGCUCGGGCAGCCGAGAGUUCAGGGCCGAAGCGCACGAAGUCCCCAGUGGUCCCAACCCCAUCUCCAACAGGUAG